AUGAGUUUAGUACCAUACAGGGAAGACUCCCUAAUUUUAGAUGAUCCUCACUCUAAUUCUAUUAUGAUUCUUAACCCAUCAGUUGGGUCAGUGAGGUUCUAUCAACAAUUAUACAGUUCUCAUUUACAUACAAAUAACACAAGUGAAGAUAAUUUCGAUAUUGAGAAAGUAAAUUAUUUCCCAAGGCAAAAGGCAUCAAGAGAUACAUUCCAGUUUAAUCCAAUUUCUACCUUCAGAUGCCCACAGUGUGGAACGGAGAUUGAUCCUAUAGUUCGUUUUGAGAAUGUAGGAAAUAAUAACAAACCUAACCAGAAAUCUAGCAACGAUGACUUUCAUGUAGAUUCAAACACACACUCCAAAUCCAAAGCGACAUCUUCUCAUUCUGCAUAUUUUAAUUUAUCGAAACAAUAUUUUAAUUUACUCGAAAGUAGUCACAAGAGACUAAGAUUGCAAGAGAUCUCGUAUAAAGAUGAUGAAUUAAUUAGUGACAUCUCUGAAAUUAGUAGUAAGUCACCAUUUUUUAUCCCUGACGAUUUAUUUAUUCCUGGGUAUUUCAGAAAAUUCUUUAACACCAUCGAUCUAUUAGGCAGAGGUGCAAGAGGUUCUGUGUUUAAAGUUGUGCAUAAAAUUGGAUCCAUCGAAUUAGGGUUAUUUGCUUUAAAAAAGAUUCCAAUUGGUAAUGAUAGUCUAUGGUUUGAAAAAUGUAUAAGGGAAGUGAAAGCAUUGAACUCCAUCACGCAUGAGACUGUUAAUUUAAUAACAUAUAACCAUGUCUGGCUAGAGAUGGAACGCUCUAAUGGACUCGUCCGAACUGUGGCAGGUGACAGCAUUAGUCAAGGAGAAGAGAUGAUACCAUGUCUGUUUAUUUUACAACAGUACUGCCCUGGUGGUAACUUAGAAGAGGUAAUUCAAAAUAAGGUAUUUCAAAAGUCUAACGAAUUUACCACAAAUGCAGAAAGGAAGAAAAUAUUCAAACUUGAAAGAGCAAGGAAAAAUUCAAAUGUUACAAGGCAACUUGGAUUAUCCACAAUUCAAAUUACUGAUAUAAUUAGAAAUAUAGCCAAUGGUUUGAAAGAGUUGCAUGAUUUAGGAUUAAUUCAUCGAGAUCUUAAACCAUCCAAUUGUCUACUGGUCCAUGAGUAUGAACAAAACUUGCCUGAUAUCGAUCCAAAGGAUUCGAAUAAUGAAUGGCAUUUUCCACCAAUUGUCAUUGGUGAUUUGGGUGAGAGUCAAGUGUUUGGUGAAUCCAGAUCCGCAACUGGUGCUACAGGAACCCUUGAAUUUACCGCACCUGAAGUAAUCAUACCUGGUGAAGUCAAUACCAAUCCUAACUUUGGUUCUAUUGAUUCGUACAAUGAAUAUUCUUACUCUUCAGAUAUAUACUCAUUGGGUAUGAUUCUAUAUUUCAUAAUAUUUGGAGAACUUCCAUUUGGCAUAGAUUUGGAACUACCUCAGUUGAAAUCUAGCAUUAUAAACCUAAAAACAUUUGAUAAAGAUAGCCUGAUUAAGAAACAUGUUGAAAUGAAUUUAAAGCCAAUUAACUACAACAUAUUUAAUCUCAUGCUUCUAUUGAUUUCCAAAGAUCCAAACAACAGACCAAAAGCUUCUGAAAUUGACGAAUUACUUGAUAUAAUUUUACAGGGAAACAAAGGAAAUCACCAUGUCAGUGUCAGUCACAAUGGAGACUUAAAGGAUGAAGAAGGCGAUGUUUCCAUCACAACAGAAUCAAGAAGUAAACAACAAAGAAGUGCCACAUCAACAAUUCAAGCAAUGCCUGUUAACAAUGAAAGACAAAUGAUUACUGUAAAUUAUAGAAUCAAACCAGCAGCUAAUAACAUAUCAUAUUCCACUUCUAAAUCAUUAUUCAAGAUGUUUAAGGAUGUAUCGCUAACAAGUUCAAUCAUUCUAAUAGAGUCAUCCAUAGUUUAUUUCGUCACUUCCUACUCCUCACCAAAUAGUAUCUCACAACUUAUAUCUUGUAUACUGUGGGGGUUAUCUAUAAAAAGAUCACUUAAAAUUCAAUCAUUAAUACUGUUAUUACAAUUAGCAAUGCUACUUAAUGUGUUCUAUUCUGACUACACUCAAUUCCUAUUAACUAUAUUACAUAAGUAA